UGCACAACAAAAGCCAGGAAUGCAAGCAAGGAAACGAAGCUAUUAUUUUGAUUUCUGAAUGAACUGAGGGACUACGUUAAAAAGUUGGCAAAACGUAUGGCUUCAUGCAGGGAGUCAUAAUGGACUUUCACAUAAUGGGCUGAGACUUUCACAGUUUAUUUUUGUCGUCCAUCUGCUUACCUCUGACGGAUCUCUUUUAGCUGCUCCUCCACAACAGGAAACUUGUUGAAUCUGAGGCUCAACGUGAUUGGCUACAUGCCACUGAGGCCGUGGUGAGGGAGGUUCGUGGGUUACCGAGAGCAUUUAGAACCUAAGGAUGGCGGAGCACCUCCACAGCAGCACGCUGUCUGCGUCUGGGGCCACUCAGCCCAUCCCUUUCCUGACCCUUGAGCAAAAGGCAGCUUUCGUCUUUGUGUUGCUCCUCUUCAUUUUCCUGGGCCUGCUUAUUGUGCGAUGUUUCCGUAUUCUGCUGGAUCCCUACAGCAGCAUGCCUUCUUCCACAUGGACAGACUAUAUGGAGAAAGACACAUUUGACUACCGCAUCGCCUGAGGGACUGCCUGGGAUUCAUGUGGACCGAUGCCACAUGAUGGCUACCUCACAGUCUCCAACACAGAUUCGAAUAACAUUCCCAUGCCAGUGGUGUACAUAUGGUGGCAUGAAGUCUCUGAAAGAAAAAAAAAAAAACAUGUUCUAUGAUACAUUUCUUCCAUUUAUUCUUAUGGGAUAAUUUACUGCCAGCGCAAUACCUCACAUAUUUCACCACAGUUGAUAAGUGAUGUCACAUCCAGGGUUCCUGACAAGUAUUAGCGAUGACACACCCGAAGCUAAAACUAGCCAAUUACCUGUCAUUAACAGUUUGGGUGAGCUAUUUAGCUCAUGUUGAUGCAGUGUAAAUUGUUAAUUCUCACAAUGAGGGUAAAUCCUUUACUUAAUUUACUACUCCACUACCUUUAUAAAUCUUAAAGUGCUUUGGAUUAGGAAUCGUAAAAUCUCAUUGUUGAGAAAGUUCUGAGCUUUUGGCCUUAUGAUUCAGUGUGUUUACAGAGUUGCCAGAAAAACUGGCCUCAUUGUUAUUAAGCUAAAUGUCAAUCAAUGUAAUGACCAAGCAGCCUUCUUAGGCAUCUGGAUGAGAGCUUUGACAAGUUCCUCCUCUCUCUCACUCUCUUUCUGUCUUUUUUCUCUGCAGUGUGCUUUAAUAGGGUGUGUCUGAUGUGGUGCAUAAUGUUCAACAGUAUUUUCUAAUUACAGAAAUGAACUGCUCAUUCAAAUGGUGUGAAUUUCCUGUUGUGCACUAGUUAUCAGUGCAUUAUUGAUUUUGCAAAUGCUCUGGUUGCAAAGCUGUGAUUAGCUUAAGUACAUGUUUUUAAAAGAGAUCCAGCUCACUUAAACAAGAAAUGUGUCUAUGAUGUGCAAAAGAUAUCAAUUGCCAUUUCAGUGCCUGUUUUUAUUUAACUCUACUACCUGCUAUUGAUUUAUAGUCUGUAUAGUUGAGAUUGCUCUGUUUGAAACUGUCAUUGGAGGCAGUUAUUGUCACAGCACAUUAAGCUUUAGCAUCAGGAGUUACUGUAGUCAGUCAUUACAAUGCACAUUGUGAAUGUGUGUGUGUGUGUGGGGGUGUUUGAUAUAUUAGGUACUUAAUACUGAGACACUCUCCAGUAAGACCAUGUGCCAUGUGGUUCACAAAUAGGUCUUGCAUUUGAUGUGCUUUUUAUAAUUGUUUCCAAAUAAAGAUAAAUGUAUUUCUCCCUAGUU